AUGAACAGUCAAAGAAAAAGCAACCAAGACAUUAGGAUUGUGUGGUGUUACAGUUGGAAUCUGAUAGCUCGCAGGCUGUGGGAUAACCAUGCAUGCUGCUCAUCGACUGGGCACGAGUCAAGACUAGAUGGGUGCAAAACAAGAUCUAGAGACUGGACCAAGCACGGGCCGAUGGUAACUUGCGACAGAGCAAAAGGAACUAAAGGAGCCAAAGGAGCAGCUGGAACACCGUCUCAACACCAAAGCCAUCGCAGGGAGCAGGUAACGCGACAUGGACACUCUCAAGAAUACACACACAGUGCAGAUGGUGCUCGGCCCGUUGACGACAUUCCUUCGUUAUGUGGCUUCGGUGGGCUACGGCGAUGGCUCGGAAGAGUGCAUCCUUUCUGUGUCCGACAAAGUACAGAAUACGCGAUGAGCCGAACAUUAUGCCACUCCCACCGGUGGAUGAAGCAUGAUUUGCGCCGUUAUGGAAAAUGUUGA